AUGUCCAGCAACUCACUGACACGCUUACCUCACAGCAUUUGUGAUCUGAAUAAACUUGAAGAUUUACAACUUCACAUGAAUAAACUGUCAUCUUUGCCUAGUCAAAUCGGUAAACUAAAACAUGUUAAAAAUUUGUCGAUUAGUGGAAAUUCAAUAAAAAUAUUGCCUGAUAGUAUUGGUGAUCUUCAGCAGCUUACCAGAUUGUACGCACAUGGUAAUCAAAUUUCACAUCUACCAGAAAGUAUUUGGGAACUACGGAAUUUGACAACAAUGUGGAUUUCCAGGAACUCACUUGUUACGGUAUCAAUAAAUAAUGGUACGAUAAGAAAUUGUUCACAAAUUCAGGAUUUGCAGCUUCACAAGAAUAGUUUGUCAUACUUACCUGAGGAUAUUGGUAGCCUACAUGGACUUAAAAAAUUGUCAGUGAGUGGAAAUUUAUUUAAAUCAUUACCUAGCAGUAUUGGUCAUCUCACGUGGCUUACUAGACUGUAUGCGCAUGACAAUCAAAUAACACUUUUACCAGAAAGUAUUGGUGGACUUCAAGAUUUGAAAACCAUGUGGGUGCAAGAGAAUUCACUUGUUUCAAUACCUCACAACAUUGGUCAUCUACACCAACUUGAGGAUUUGCGGAUACACAAGAAUAAUCUGUCUUCCCUACCUGAUAGUGUUGGUGACCUGACAAAUCUUACAACAUUGUGGGCGUCCAAUAACAAACUUACGUCAAUACCUGACAGCGUUUGUGAAUUACAUGAACUUCAGCAUUUGCAGCUAGACACUAAUAGCCUGACAUUCUUACCCACAAAUAUCGGUAAAAUAUCAUGGCUUAAGACACUGUGUGUGAAUAAUAAUUCACUUACAACAUUACCUGAUAGGAUUGGAAAUCUACAUACACUGGAGAAAUUGCAUGUGGCUAACAAUCAACUAUCACAGUUACCAGAAAGUAUUAGAAAACUAAAGAACCUGACAACAUUGGUGGUGUCUAAGAAUGCACUGGUAUCUAUGCCUAAUAUGAGUUAUCUACACAAACUAGAGCAGUUCAGAUUUGAAAACAAUGAACUGCAGUCAUUGCCAAGAGGAAUUGAUACAUUACGUCACCUCCAUACUAUAAAGUUUGAUGUGGAUAUUAAAGAUAAUAAAGGCAAGGUUCAACAACUACUUAGUAAGCUAUACAACGAGGAGACCAACUCAAAUCCUCGUCCCACGGAAUCAACAACAAUGUCAACACCCACAAAGCUAAAACACAGUGAGGAAGUGCCGAUGGGUGCUGGUAUUCAAAGAUAUGUGAUGGGAAAUAAACCAAAAGGUCAGGCCAUCAUAUUUAAUAAUCAUACAUUCAAUGGAAAUAUGGCUGACAGAGAUGGCACUGGUAUUGACGAACGAAACUUGGAAAAAAUGUUUGAAAAUCUGGACAUCACAGUUCAUGUAUAUAAUGACGUCACAGCUAAUGACAUGGAGACCUACAUCAGAGCUUGUCAGGGGUCAGAAUCCAUGAAAGCUGUCGUCGUUCACCCUGAUGCAAAGAAAGCGUCACUUGAUGUGAUGCCGAAUGAGGCGGACUUUAUUAUCGGGUAUUCCUCUGUGCCAGGAUACGUGUCCUGGAGGGACACACGGCGUGGUUCCUGGUACAUCACCAAAAUGGAUUCGCAUUGGAAUGAGAAUGAAAAGGAAUAUAUCGCUGUUAAAUCGGAUUUAAAGGAGUUCCCUGAGAAACUGCUGGAGAAUUUCCAAAGAGUAAGAAAAGUUGACCUACAGAGCAACUAUCUGACUACAUUACCCGAAGAUAUCAAUUAUUCACAAAAACUAUAUUAUUUGAAUAUAAAUAAUAACAAACUAAAAUGCUUACCCGAAUCACUAUGUGAACUAACAAAUCUCAAACAAUUACUUGCAAAAAACAAUGAGCUUGAUACACUGCCAGACAAUUUUGGCGAAUUAAGUAAACUUGAGUACUUAAAUAUAAGUAACAACAAAGUGAAAAGCUUACCCGAAUCAAUUGGUAAGCUAGAAAACCUUACACAGUUGUGCGCGAAUAAUAAUUCGAUUUCUGAAUUGCCUGAUAUUCGGAAGCUGAAAAAACUUACGGCUCUGUAUUUGGGCAAUAACAAUAAAACAAGGCCUAAUUCCAAAUUUUCAGAAUGUAUAUCUAAUUUACCCAUCACUUUAAAAACAUUGUGGAUGUUCGGUAACUCGCUUACGUCGCUGCCAGAGAGCAUUAGUACGCUAAGGAAUUUGGAAGAAUUGAUGAUACAGGAGAAUAAGCUGGAAUCUUUACCCGAUGAGAUUGGAAAGCUAGGAAGCCUGACAAAGUUGUGGGUUCACAACAACUUGCUUAAGUCACUACCGGACAUCAGUAGUCUGAAACAACUACAAGACUUGUCCCUUACUGAUAAUAAACUGGAGAAGCUGCCCGAAGGCAUUGGUAACUUAAAAAGUCUACGGAGUAUACGGUUCAAUGACGUCCUUGGUAAAAUUUACGUGAAAAUUAAAGAAGAUCCCAAAAGAGUCAAACAUUUUAUCAGUUAUCGUUCGUAA